AUGCCUAGUACUUUAGAUCAGUCGUUUGUCACCAACUCGGUCUGGAAACCAGACAUUUUCAAGGGUAAGGUAGUGUUUGUCACUGGCGGUGCAGGUACCAUCUGUCGUGUUCAAGCCGAAGCAUUGAUCUUGUUGGGAGCCAAUGCUGCUAUAAUUGGUAGAAACAAGGAAAAGACCGACAAGGCAGCCGCUGAACUCAGUCAAUUGAGACCAGAUGCCAAGGUCAUAUCGUGUAUCGUAGAUGUCAGAGAAGUCAGUCAGCUUGUUGAGGCUGCUGCGAAGACCGUGAGAGAGUUGGGCAGAAUCGACUAUGUUAUCGCAGGAGCUGCUGGUAACUUCUUGUGCGACUUCAACCAUUUAUCUUCCAAUGCCUUCAAGUCUGUGAUAGCUAUUGAUUUGUUGGGCUCUUACAACACCAUCAAGGCAACCUUCCCAGAAUUGAGGAAGAACAAGGGUGCCAUCAUCUUUGUCAGUGCUACCUUGCACUACUACGGUGUGCCAUUCCAGAUCCACGUAGGUGCCGCUAAGGCUGGUGUUGAUGCUCUUUCUAAUGCAUUGGCAGUGGAAUUGGGACCUUUGGGUAUUAGAAGCAACGUCAUUGCUCCUGGUCCAAUUGAAGGCACAGAAGGUCUCGAGAGAUUGGUUAAGGACAGAGCAAAGACCAUCAGCCAAGUUCCUUUGCAAAGACUAGGAACCACUAGAGACAUUGCUGAAGCUACUGUCUACUUGUUUUCGCCAGCUGCUUCUUUUAUCAACGGUACCGUAGCCGUUGUCGAUGGUGCUUCAUGGCAGACAGGUUCUGGUGUAGGCGAUCUCUACCCAGUUACCAUUAAGCAUCAGAAUGAGGAUCCAGGCUCUAAGUUGUAG